AUGCUUGCGGAGCUGCGGCCAGAGCCGCGCGACACUAUUUCUUCCAUCUGUUUCUCACCAAACCACGCAAAGAAUGUGCUCGCGGCGUCAUCUUGGGACAACAUGCUGCGAGUGUACGAUGUGGACAAUUCUGACCUUAUAUCUCAACACGAGUUCCAGGCCGCACCGCUAGAUUGCUGCUUCCUCUCAGAUUUCAAUCGUGUUGCAGCAGGGGGAUUGACAGGAGGCGUACACGUCUUUGAUGUUCACGGAGCAAAAAUAUCUCAAGUUGGCCGGCACGACGCCGCAGUUCGCUGUGUACGGUUUCACAGACCAACGAAUCUGAUCUACUCUGGUGGGUGGGACAACACUGUUAGGGCGUGGGAUUUACGCUCUCCGCGCGAAGUUGGCAUGGCAGCACUCCACGGCAAAGUCUACGCCAUGGAUUUGAACGACGAUAAACUUGUUGUUUGUGAUUCCAAGAAACGGACCUACAUCUAUGAUAUUCGCAACGGUGCGAAUUUGGUCAACGCGGAGUAUCGGGAUCAAAUUUUGAAGUACCAAAUAAGGGUAGUGCGGUGUUUCCCCAACGGCCAGGGGUUUGCUGCCUCAUCAAUUGAAGGCCGCGUUUCUUGGGAGUACUUCGACCCUAACCCUGAGGUGCAGUCUCGGAAGUAUGCCUUCAAGUGCCACAGAAUCAAAGAAGCAGACGGCUCGGAAACAGCCUGUCCCGUAAACGCGAUCGUCUUCCACCCACGCUAUGGAACUUUUGCCACAGGAGGUUCAGAUGGCGGCGUGUCAAUAUGGGAUGGGUUGAGCAAAAAGAGGCUGUGCAGGGUUCCCCCGCUGCCUACAAGCGUUUCGAGUUUGGCUUUUAAUUCCAGCGGCACUCUUCUCGCAAUGGCGGUCUCGUACAUGUUUGAACGGGGCCCUCAGCCGGGGCAGCCGAAGCCGCAGAUAAUCGUGCGCGCCGUAAGGGAAGAAGAUGUGCGCCCCAAGUCCUGA